UUUCUUGAUUCUCUUGCUCUCUCCACAUCUCUUAUCUUAACCACCUCCCUCCUCUCUCCCCUACUACUAUCUCACAUAAAUUUCCUUACUUCUGGCUCAUUCCCAUGGUCUAAGCAGAUUUCCUCCCAAAUGACGGACGUCCGUCUACGAAUCACCCACUCGCCCUGAUCCCGAUCAUCCAUCAUGGGAUCGCCUCACAUGCUCAUGUCGCUUCGGCGACGUCCGUGGACCUGUCGCACCUGUUUGUUGCAGGCUCGACGAUCGCUGGAAACAGCUGCAGCCACUGCACACCGUCCGGCUACAGACUUCGCAUCCACCAACAAUCACCAGAAGAAAACGGAGGAUGAGACCCUCCGACGCAUGUUCGACUCGCAGCCGUUCUGGCGGGAAUUCUCCCAGAAUAGCGCUGCCCAGCUGAAGCCUACCGGCUUGGUCCAGAACCAAUACCUGACUAGUCCAGAUGGCUUCCGCGUCUUUGCCACAUCCACCCUACAGAAAUGCCAGGCGAUCGUCGCCAAAGUGCUCGCGGCGUCGACAUUGGAGGAAUACCGAACGAUGACCCGUGAUCUCGACCGACUGAGCGACCUGCUGUGUCGGGUGAUCGACCUGUCGGACUUUAUCCGGGUCAUUCACCCGGACCCGCGGGUGCAGGAGGCGGCCACGCAGGCGUAUGCGUUGAUGUUCGAGUACAUGAACGUUUUGAACACGACCACGGGUCUGAACGAUCAGCUGAAGAAGGCGGCCGCCAACCCGGAGGUGACGGCGCACUGGACGGAUGAGGAGAAAAUUGUGGCGCAGAUCCUCAUCAAGGAUUUCUCUAACUCCGCCAUCCAUAUGCCCCCAGACGUGCGACAACGGUUCGUCAACCUGUCGACGGAGGUCAGCCAGCUGGGGUCGACCUUUGUUAAUGGGGCCGAGCCGGCCAAGGCCCAUGUGACUCUUAACGCCAACAGCCUACGGGGGUUGGACCCGAUGCUGAUACAGAAGAUUAAGCGAUGGAAUCGGACCGCCUCGGUCCCGACAAUGGGCCUCAUCCCGCGGUUGGCGCUGCGGUCGGUCCAUGACGAGGACGCCCGACGGCAGAUCUACUUGGCCACGCGGACGUCGAAUCCGCGCCAGAUUCAGCUUCUGGAGCAGCUGCUCACGAAACGAGCUGAGCUCGCGCAGCUGUCUGGAUUCCACAGUUUCGCACAUAUGACCCUUCACGACAAAAUGGCUAAGAGCCCCGAAGCGGUGUCUAAUUUCCUGACGUCUUUGGUGGGCAGCAACCGGGCGCUUGUCAAAGAAGAGCUCGCGGAAUUGCAACGUAUGAAAGGCCCUGCGGGCCCACUGCAACCAUGGGAUCACGCCUAUUAUGUCAACGGGCGGAUUCAGCAAUAUUCCAUGGCGCGUCGGUCGCGGGAGCUGGAUGCAGUGCCCGAAUUCUUUUCGCUGGGAACGGUCAUGCAGGGCCUGUCUCGUCUGUUCGAGCGACUGUACGGGGUGCGACUAGUGCCUCGGGAAACCGCCCCCGGUGAGACGUGGAUGUCGGACGUGCGGCGGUUGGAUGUGGUGGACGAGUCAGGCCGACACCUUGCGGUUGUUUACUGCGACUUAUUUUCGCGACCCAACAAACACCCGAACCCGGCCCAUUUCACGCUGCGGUGUGCGCGGGAGAUCUCUGCCGAAGAGGUGGCGGAGUGCGCCACGGUGCUGGACUCGUCGGCGCAUCCCAACGACGGCAUGGCGACUUCGAUUGACUCAGAGAGCAAGACGCUCCGGCAGCUUCCCACGAUCGCUCUGGUGUGCGACUUUCCCGAGCCCCCCGAGACGGGAGCGGGACGCCCGACUCUGCUGACUGAGCACUGUGUGCGGACGCUGUUCCACGAAAUGGGCCAUGCGUUGCACUCGAUUCUCGGGCAGACGCGGUUGCAAUCCAUCUCGGGAACGCGAUGCGCGACCGAUUUCGCCGAGUUGCCUUCGGUGCUCAUGGAACAUUUUGCGGUGGCACCGGAGGUGCUGGCACUGUACGCCCGGCACUGGGAGACGGAUGUCCCGCUUUCCGAGAGCACGAUGCAGCGCAUGGAAAAGGACCGAACCGCGCACGGCUCCGUGUACGGGGCCGUCGAGGACGAAGCGCAGAUCCUCAUGGCACUAGUGGACCAGACUUACCACACGCUGCCCGCGGAUCGGCCGAUCGACAGCACGGCGCUCUACCAUCAAGUCUCGACGACGCACUCCAGCCUGCCUGAUCCCACGGACUCGCGGCCGCCCACUUCGUGGCAGGGCUUCUUCGGCCACUUGUAUGGCUACGGAGCGACCUACUACAGCUACAUCUUCGAUCGGGCGAUCGCCAACAAGAUCUGGGAGGAUGUGUUCCGCGGGGGUCAAGCGGCGCUGGACCGAGAGGCGGGCGAACGGUACAAGAAGGAGGUGUUGCGCUGGGGAGGAGGACGCGAUGGGUGGGAGUGCGUGGCUGGAGUCUUGGGCAGCCAGAAUGCGGCCAAUGCAAAUGGCCGGUUGGUGGAGGGCGGCGAUGAGGCCAUGCGCGAAGUUGGCCGAUGGGGGCUGGGAAGAGAUGGAGUGUCGGGGUGAUGUAUAUGUCUCUCUCUCUCUCUAUAUAUAUACCUAUACCUGUAUACUACGACGUUGAACGGAGAUUGCAUAAAGAC